UAUACCUGUCAUAAAGUGACAACUGAUUUGCCGGAGACUAGCACUGCCACGUCUACCGAAGAGACAACGACUACUUCGGAAGCACCAGAAACGACAUCCGAGCCAACUACUACUGCAGAAGAAGUUACAAGCGAAACGACACUGGACAGUUCGUCUACAGCCGAAUCCACCACAGAGGAUGCUACCACGGUGGAAGCAACAACUACCGAGAAUCUUACCACUUCCGCACCAGAAACUACGGUGGGGUCGACGCAGGAAGCUACGACCGAAACAGUGUCCCCAACAACCGCCGAAACUACAUCCGUUCAGACGACGACGGAAAUCCCGGAAUCAUCGACAGUGACGCAAGAUUUCACAACCGAGCAAACCACAACUACCGAGAGUAGCACGACCACUUCUUCAACGACAACUGUCGAGAGUACCAGCGCUUCCUCGACUGCUGAAGUUACAACCAGCACUGAACCUAGUACGACCACUGGUGUUCCCUCUACGACCCCCGGCGGGGUAUUCGUUUGUCCGGCCGAGGGAAGAUAUCCCGAUCCGAAGGCUGUUUCGUGUGAGUCGUACAUCCUGUGCAUAAGUAACGCCUUGGGCACGCUCACCGCGUUACAAUUCCUCUGUCCACCGACCACAAUUUUCUCGGUAAGCAUUGGCAUGUGUGUGCCGGCUCUGUCUUAUCCCUGCUCCAUCGGGACAACGACGACACCUUCCGCUACGGGAGCACCUCCGACGACGUCCGAAGGGGCCCCCACUACUCCGCCAGCCCCAUUCGUGUGUCCCGCCAGCGGACGGUAUGCCAACCCGGGCUCGAUAUACUGCAAAUCAUACUAUCUGUGUCUGCUGGACGCCUACGACAACCUGGUCCCGGUCGAGCUGAGCUGUCCGGCUGGGUCGAUUUUUGCGUACGAAGUAUCGCGGUGCGAACCGGACACCGAGUACGAGUGUUGGGUCAGCAAUGGCAGCAGCACUACGCGCGCCCCGGAGACGACCACCAACCCGGAUGCGCCCUUCGUGUGUACCAAACCGGGAAAGUACCCCAACAAGGACCGAACCGACUGCAAAACGUACAAGUACUGUGUCAACGCACCGGUUGGAUACACCGAGUACACGUUCAGCUGCCCGGGCACCACGCUGUUCGAUGAGGUCUCACUCAUCUGCUCGGCAAUCUACCAGUGUACCCGGGGCGGAUAGCGCUUCGCCAGCGGUGCCUACGAACCACGUUGGUUGUUGGGCUACCAAUCCACGCUGUAUCUCGUUUUGCUCUUUAUCCUCCUGGAGAUGACGUGUGGCUCCAGGGCUACGUGUACAAAACAUACUACCUUUACUCUAAUAAAUCGCAAUCCAUGAAGA